UUAUACGGAACCAAAACAUAGAAGGAAAUAAAAUUUAUUGAAGGAAAAAGUAGCAUAAAUGUAAAAAUAUCAAGCAACAUGUCACUAAUUAUAGGGAACAAUAGUUCAAAUUUGGACGACGCAAAUGGCAAUUUGAUGGGAACAACAUCAGCAAUGAUAUCAACUCGAAACAACAAUGAUGAGGAUAGCACAUCAGAGUAUACAGAUCCAGAGAAUUCGGCACCGACGGAACUGCUGGCUGAAUUUUUGACAUCGAUUAUGAGAAAAGAUUACGUUAAUGCCUUAAAAUAUUGCAAAAUGAUUUUAGAGUUUGAGCCAAACAACAAGACAGCAAAGGAUUUCUAUCCGGAAUUAAUACAAAAAGUCAGUGAACGGCAACAAGGAUCGUCAAGUGAUCAAAGUGAUGAGAAUUGCAACUACACAUCUUCCUUGGAACUCGUUGAGGACAUUGAUAAUGAGAUAUUAGAUAAUAAUAUGAUUGAUGAUGACUCGUCUUCCGUGACAAGCUCAAAUUCUACAUCAAAUGGGUCUAUGGACUUAAAUUCGUAUUCUGAUGAGGAUGCAAUGAAUCAACAACCAGACCAAGAAGACCUAAUUAAUCAAUUUUCAUACAGCAGUAAUAAUUCGUCUAAGUCAGAUCCAUUUCCAGAAUCAAUGAGCAGUUCCGAAUCGAUUGAUCAUCGAUUUUCUGCAAAUUAUUCUCCAUCAUUCUCAUUCACAAGUCUCCUUCUCGAAGAGUCUGAUGAUGUUAAUAAUAAUGAAAAGUCAGUAAGUCCUGUACAACAACAACAGCAGCAGCCACACUCGUCGUCACAAAUGAAUCCAUCAAGCUCACCAUUUACAAGUAAAAUCGUUAACAUGAUUAGAAGAAAAUUAAAUUAAACGAAAAAAACGUGCAAAGAAGCUAUAAGAUGAGGCCUAGAUACAUAGUCGACUGAAUGAUUUAUUAAUGAGUGUCUAUAUAAAUUCACACGAUGUCCUUAGUAUAUAUUUUCCCAUUUUUCCCUUUCCUGAUAAUAUUAUAAUAAUAAUAAAAAGAGAAAUUUAUAACGUUAUAUCUGCAUGUUGAUAGAUGGAACAUAUAAAUUAGAUAUACCUCUGUCUAGUCCUUCGAUUCA